GCAUGGAUGGAGGUGUGCGCUGUGAGAUUCUGCGAGGUGAGCUUCAUUCCGGUUCAAUCGCCGCCGUCCGCGAAAAGAGUGAAUGGUGAAGCUGUGUUGAGUCGUGAUUGUGAAUGAGUCGAGUUCGUCUCGUAGGUGUAGGAAAUUGUCGGGAGCACAAGUGCCAAUAAAUUAUCUCGUGGACGCGCUUAUUGGUAGUGUUUUGGGAUUUACUCGUGCCACCAAAACAUUGAACAGUGACCUAUUGGGUAAUCGAAGCUGGAUGCGUGUGUGAUUUCGCGAGUGUAUCGCCGAUCGGAGGCGAUAUCGGACGAUUUUCUACGAAAUGCGUAUGGCAGAUGCGUGAAUCGUGAGAUCGAGUUUUCUUCGUGAUUGCUUCUUGUGUUCGUAGUACUGCGGUCGUUCGAAUCGAAUCGGUGGUGGCUGCCUUCUUGCUCGCCCGCUGCUUAGGAAGACCAGCAGGGUGAGGACGAACGCAAGAGGUGGUCUUCAUUCUCUUGGUGGUGGAUUCACAUCGCACAGUGUUGUUCCUCUGAGAUUGAGAUGGGCACCAAUAUUUACAACAGUGCUGGACGGUUCCCAUAACCAUCGCUGGAUGGGUUGAGAGUGAGAUUUUUGGUUAAGUGUUUGUGAAUGAAGCAAAAAUGAAAACAGGUUUGAACUGUCAACAAAUCUGAUCUCGGUUGUGCAGUGUGGUCAGCGUGGACGGUGUGUUGCGUGGUAUGAGAUUUGUGUGGAUACUUACGAAGACAGCAGCAUGCAAUGAAUUCCGCAUGGCUCGCAUGUAAUAAUUAAAAUGUCAAUAUCCAGCUGACAUGUGGACGAACAACAGUCAUCAUCACCAUCAUCAUUUGCACCAGCGUUCCCGUGAUUGCCACCAUCAUCAGCAGCAACAGCAUCCACUUUUGCAACGACUCAUCGCCGUCGUCGUACAGUGAUCUAAAGCGAUCAGCGAGUCCGCCACAGCACCUACCACCAAGUAGUGCUGUGCUGCCCAUCGGAAACAAGUUUUUCUUCGGCUUCUUCUUGAUUUGGCGGUUUCUUGUGCCCUGUCGUGGAAGACGCCGUCGUCGUCGAUCGACGAUCGCGGCGGGUCGCGCAAACUAGGUCUCCCCACACCGCACGGCCAGACUUCCAAACGCGGGGACAAUUCGCGUUGCUGUCGGAACUCGAUAGGGUUAGGGUUAGGAGUAGCAGCAGCGGCGGCGGCAGAGCAUUAGAAGUAGUAGUAGUAGCAGUACAAGUUGUGGUAGCGGCGCAACUUGGCGAACCGGUGAUACAGCGAACCUGGAGCAGAAAUAGUACGCGGUAGAGAUCCCAAGGACCCGGUCCUGAUGGUGCGAGCUCGGGCCUGUUAGCAAUGACAACAGCAACAGCAUGAUCGUCGUCUUAGUGCGUACUAACAUUGAGGUUAAUACAAGGAACAAGUUCCCGCAGCAGGCGCGGAGAGCGAUAAUAUGACCGAAAAUUGGUACCGGAUCCGAUUCCGACGCAGCUUACCCACCGCAGACACAAGAGCAGCAGCAGCAGCAGCAGCAGCAUCGUGGACGUCGUCGUCGCCGCCGCCUCUCGAGGAGAGUGAGUGUGAAGCAGAAUCGUCGAAGUAAAAUAAAAACCGGUCGGCGGCUCGCCGACGGCGCGUCGUCAGCUCAGUUCAGUUCGGUUCUUUCAGGCGCGGCGUACAGAGGUGCAAUAAUAUCGCAAACGCUGCUGCCAAGCAGACCAGCCACACAGUCAGUCAGUCGGUCGCUCGGUCGGUUGGAUUGGUUUGGUUUCAGAUCUCACUCAGGUUGUAGUCAUUCGCCGUGUUUCCAUUCGAGCGAGCGGUAUUAUAUUGGUGUGUGAAAUUAGAGAAACUCACUCGAGUGAGGUGUGAUAUAAGGGAGUGCAACAAGGUAAAAUAAACACCGUCGAGGUGAAAAAAGUGCUAUUUUUUAGGGUCUAUUGUAGGGUUACCUAAAAAAGGCCCUCGAAAGCAAUUAAUCCAGUGAGCAGCAAGUUGUUAGCAUCCACUUGGCGAUUAAGGUGGGGUAUUUUUUUCGCAAAAGGUUCCUUGUAGAAAAGAGUGUAAAGCAGAGAAGAAAAUUGUAAAUUUCAGGUCGAUCCCAACGGCAGCAUCGUAGAAGUAAGCGAUCGAAACGAGUAGGGAUUGGGUAAGAAGCAACAGGAAGAAACUGAACACGGAGCCCUUCGGGAUACGUGUAUGAAGCAAGUCCCGUAACGAAGUGCGGGAGAAGAAAAGGGGAUCGAAGAUCUUCCGUUUUGGCCAGAUGAACGUUGUUCGAUGUUGUUUCACCCAUGGAAGCAAGUGGAAGCAGCCCAGUCCAGCAGCAAAAGAUCAGUUGUGAUACCAAUAGUAGUAGUAGCAGCAAGGUUCCAAGAGCCAUAGUCCGUAGUGCCAGUGAAGGUGAUUGCCCGGAGAAAAGGGCAGGUUUGACCAGUGUUUGGUGCCAGCUUCUUCGGGGGUGAGCCUGAUAGCAAUAGUAACAACAGCAGUUCGAAGAAAGCAACUCCGCGCAAGUAGUGUUGGUUCGUGUUAGUUGCGCACGUGCAUGGGAGGAGAAGUUUGCGUUGCAUGAAGAAGAGGGGAAGAAGCUAAUUUCUGUGAUUUGAUCGUCGAAGCUAACCCGACGAAGAAAGGAGGUUUUGUUUUUCGAGAAAGGUGCGCAAGAAGUAAUUUGACGAGAGAAGCAAUAGGUCUCAAAAUUGGGAUCUUCGCCUGGAAGCGAUACUCUGAUUUGCGCCAGCCGAAGGCGUGCAUGGCCAGCACCUUAUCGACGAUCAAAAUGACCAAUCCGUUGAGAAAUCUCGUCAGCAAGCGCCGGAUCCGCUACACUAAGGAUGGAUUCGAUCUGGAUCUUACAUACAUUAACGAUCGGAUCAUCGCCAUGGGCUACCCGGCGGAGCACAUGGAAUCGAUCUACCGUAACAAGAUCGAGGACGUGCAGAAAAUGCUGGAUAAGAACCACCCCGACUGCUACAAGGUCUACAAUCUCUGCUCGGAGCGGAGCUACAAUCAGAAUCGUUUUCCGUACUACUCCGUGUACCCCUUCAAGGACCAUAAUCCACCGGACAUCGAACUGAUAACCUCGUUUUGCCGAGAUGUGGACGAGCACCUCCGGGCGGACAGCAGAAACGUGGUAGCCGUCCACUGUAAGGCCGGCAAGGGUCGAACAGGAACAAUGAUCUGCUGUUACCUCCUAUACAGCCGACAGUUCAAGACGGCAGCCGAAGCAUUACACUAUUACGCACAGAGGCGCACAAGCGACAGCAAAGGCGUAACGAUCCCAUCCCAGAGGCGAUACGUCGAGUACUACGAUUCGCUGCUCCAAAGCAACGAAACCUACCAACCGGUGACGUUAUAUAUCUCCGAGAUUAGGAUAGCCCCGGCGGUGAACAUCAAGGAGGGUACGAUCAGCGUAACCGGCCAGGAUCCGAAGCCGAUGCCCGAGUUCAAAAGGGUGGCCAACGAUCAACAGCAACAGCAGCAGCAACAACAGCAGAUCGUGGCCAAACUGGACUACUGCAUGCCACUAGCGGGGGACAUCAAGAUCGAGCUGGUCAAGACGUCGGUGAUGAAGGAGAAGCGGUGCCACUUUUGGUUCAAUACGUACUUCGUGGAACGAUCGGCGAAGAAAGACGCCGAGGGAAAUAUGUUGCUAGAGCUUAGCAAGUCGGAAAUCGAUGAUGCUCACAAGGACAAACAUCAUAAGGAAUAUCCUAACAAUUUCACGGUGUCACUUGUACUGCGAAGGGUACCGAAUGGUAGGUUUUCGGACAGCGUAACCCUAAAGUCGGCCUCCCCGUUGAUCACAUGCGCAAUGGAGAACAACCGGCAAGCGCUCCUACUUUCCCAGCAACAGCACCAACAGAGGCUGCACCAGCAGCCGCAACAGCACCAUUCGCCGCACCAACAACAGCUGCUGCAGCAACAGCACCACCCGCCUCAUCGGCAAAUCAGCAGCGACCCCUACCGACCAACGAUAAUCAAGCACCAUAAUAGUUCACCCGGUGGUUUCCUGCCGCAUGACCAGUCACAACAACAGCAGCAACAGAAACACUAUCAACAGCAGCAACAACUGAACACACUGCCACAGCAGCAGCAGAACAACCACCACAAUCAUGAUGCCCAACAACAACCACAGCAGCAGCAGCAGUAUUUCAAGCGGUCGCUCGAAAACAUCCAGCAUCAACACUACGUGGACGAAAGCCAUCAGCUACACUGUCCGGAGUACUCGGAAUCGUCCAGCUCGGAAUCGUCAACCGAGGAGGAAGGAUGGGAUUCCGGUGAGUGUCUACCGCCCGAUAAUGCUAACCUGUACUAUCGAAACGAUAACUAUUAUUACGGUAGUUGUGCCGGCCUUAAUCCCCCGCGUCCCUCUCCUGCUUCGGGUUCCCCUCAAUUUCCCGCUUCCGUUAGCUCUGCUUCGCCCACACCGGCACCCGAAGCUGGUGGCUGCAGCAACAGCAGCAGCAAAAGAAACAGCCAGAGCGACGUUACCAAGCCGAUGAGGGCCGCGCAACCUAUCCAUACUGAUAGUUGUAGGAGUAGUAAUAGCAGUAGUAGUAGUAGAAGUAGUGGUAGACAUAGCAGUAAACCAAUUGGCAGUUCAAAAUUAAACCAAUCAUUAGCUAAUACAACAUUCGCAACUAGUAAUAGUAGUAAACUCUCAGUAGUGCCUGCUGUUGAUUCCUCCCUUUCCUCUGGUAUGCUAAAUUCUACAUCCCUCUCGAUGAAAGUGUCGGUUCCAUGGUCCCACAAAAUCAGUAACAGCAACAAUGGAACACUUCCUUCCUCUGCUUCUGAACUAACCGCAAAACAUUCAGCUACCAGUACGAUCGCCGUUCCAUCUACUAAUCGCACCACUUGGUCAUCGAUUGGGCUUAGGCGGAAGAAAAAGAAGAAAUCCUUCAAAUCGAAUGGGCCCCGCAGUUUCACCCAGAUAUCUCGAGAGUUCGGUUCUACUACCAGUGCAUGCUCCGGAGCGUCUCUAACUACUCAGGGUAAGGUGAAAAGUGGGAAGGGUAGAUUCCACAAGCUCCGGUGGCUUCGGAACAUGCGCAGCGAUUCUAAUCUUAAAGACGUUCUAGCGCAAAGUAGCGGCAUCGUUACACUGACUCAUUCGAACGGAACUCUACGGGACGCCGUCGUGAGUGCUACUCCCCCCAGCACAAUCCCUGUUGUGGUUGAUCAACCCCCGGUUGCGACUCCUGUACAACCUCCAUCUGCCUCGAACGAAAACCUUCUGUCGAUAGAUUACUACUCGUCAAUUUGUGAUAAGCAACUUAGUUUCGAAUCCCCCUGCAAGAGUCCCGGUCAUCUGAUGAAACUGAAUCUCACUCGGAGACCCGACGGAAACGCCAGAUCGGUGCUGGAAACUGUCCCCGACAGCGAUUGCGCCAUUGUGAUAGCAAAGCCCAGUGAACAACGGCUCAAGAUUGGCUUCGAUGUCAGUCCUGCUCAAUCUCCCACUACCAAAGCGAACCCUGAUCCAAAUCCUUUCACCAAACCGGAGAUGCCGCGUGACAAGAAUCAUGUCGAACGCCGUGAUCCCGACGGCACGAAAAACAAGGUGCUCAGCCUUGUCCCGAAGCACGACAAUGUCAGCUUCUGCGAUCGGAUUCUCCAAUCGUUGGCCGCCGGUAUGGGAACGAAAAAGUCUCCGGACAAUGAGCUACAAGUCCCCUCCCCAGCGACAACGUCCGGCGGCUGCAGUCCAAUCGCCCCACGCGUCAAUCGCUGCUCGCCGUUCUCCUUUCGAGAGCUGGGCCAGGAGCUCAAGUCCGUCAUGAAGGCCCCCACCCAUACAAAGCUGGCAUCGCAGCCUGCAUCCGCUUCUACCGCACCGACAGGUGACGGAAACUCAACCCGGGAUCCGACCCUGCCGACGGGAAAAGCCGACCAGUAGGACCGCCCAAUCCGCCUUUCUUCCUGUUUCUGUCUCUGUACCUCCUACGGCUGUGCUGUUUUUAUUGGUGUUUGCGUUUGCGUGAGUGAGUGCGAGCAUGCGAUGGUUGAGCGCGCGCGAAUGAGUGUGAGCGAGUGCACGUGUUUGUCAGGUUUCGAUAAGAGUUAGCGUAUGACCCCUCGGGCGAGAUUAUAACGAAAUAGUCAAUAGGCGAAGAGUACCCCUAAAGCAAAAAUCUAUUAGCUUACAAAACACAUGUUCAUUGCUUUAUUGGAAUGCGCAACAAGGCCUCAAAUUUCAGCGAAAACACAAUUUCUGUCGAUAGUUUGAGACGUGUAGAUAUUUGCCUAGUAGACGAAAUUCCUACUUAAUUCGAACAACAAAUUACUUUCCGGCAAACUCAGAAGAUUAAGACGAUUUUUUUUUUAUUUUUACUAAUUUUAUUCUGUUGUAGUAGUACAUAAUUUAAUACACAAAACUCUAUGAUUAUGUUGAUAAAAGUUGAAUAAGAAUGAUUAUUUCUAUCGAA